UCAAUAAUAAUCGUCAGCAAUAAUUAAUAGUCUUUAAUUAAUAUCUCGAUUCGCGAAGCAGAGCGAUGUUUUUCUUAGUCAGAUUCGUUUGUUUUGGACAAAAACGCGCUGAAUGAGCUUAAUUUCAUCGAUUUCUAAGAUCUGAUGUGACAGAAUAUAUAACGUUGUGGGCAAAAAAUAAAGUUUAUCAAUAAAACAUGAUAUAUCUUGCUGUAUUCUUAUUAUUAGUUGGAUAAUUCUUGAUAUAAUUUGCUGUUAUGCUAUAAAUACAAUUGUGAUCAAACAUGAUGACUUGGAACGUUCUUAAAUGUACUUUUGGAUUGUCAAGAAGUAUUUUACGAAACAGAUUAUCGGAAUGUAUCUAUAAAAGCGUCAAACCAAUGUCGUCGACAGUGGAUCCUAAAGAUGUUGAAAAUCUCUCUGUUUUUAAAAAUGACUGGUGGAAUGAGAACGGCCAGAUAAUUGGCCUCCAUUUAUAUGCUCCGUUCAGAACAAAGUUUGUGAGGAAUGGAUUGGCAAAUGCCGGAGUCCAAAUGCAGAAUGCAGUUCUUCCAUUGGAAGGAAUCAAGAUUGUGGACGUUGGCUGUGGCGGAGGUAUAUUGACUGAGCGUUUAGCUAGAAUAGGAGCACAAGUAACCGGAAUAGAUGCAUCGGCAGAUUUAAUAAAUAUUGCAAAAGAGCAUGCAAAAUUGGAUCCUAAUAUAACAGAGAGAGUGAACUAUAUUCAAACAACUGUGGAAGACUUCUCUCAAAAGGAGAGGGAAUCGUACGAUGCUGUUGUGGCGUCUGAAGUCUUGGAGCAUGUAGCGAAUGCGCAACUAUUUUUAAAGAAAUGCGUGGAAAUUUUGAAACCUGGAGGAUCGAUUUUUAUAACAACAGAAAAUAGAACUGUAGCAUCUUGGUUGCUCGUUAUUGUAGCAGCAGAAUACAUUUUCAAAAAAAUACCUCUUGGUACUCAUGAAUGGAAUAAAUUUAUCACACCACACGAAGUCCAACAUAUAUUGGAUGGUUAUGGAUGUAGAACGAGAUUAAUUCAUGGAUUCAAAAUUAACCCAUUGUCAAAACAGUGGUCUUGGUCAUCAUGUACAGCAACUUUUUAUGGCCUUCAUGCAAUCAAACAAAAAGAAGCUAGCAUAUAAUUUUCAGAACAUGCAACUUUUUUGUUAUUAAAUGCAAAAUUAUAUAUUUUUAUCAUUUAUCGAUUGUAAUAUAAUUGAUAUUAUGUAUGUGCUAAGAAUUCCUAUGAUGUUAUAUUUAU